UUUCAAUGCUAUCAUUGAGGCAUUGACAUUGGAUCUCACUCUCAAAAUUUUGAAAUAUUGAGCGGCAGUAUAGGUCUAUCAUUUUUGGAAGCAAAGCUCAAGUUGCUAUUGUUCAAGCUUGCUAUCAAAGAUGGUCGAAAAUUCUCGUGUGAUCGACCAUGGGCUGGACGAGGCGGUUUUGGAACAUCUCCCGGACGGGGGCAAAGUUAUUCAAGUAACAGAAUUGGGACUCAGCGAUUACUGUCGCAAUCAUCGCAUAGAUGUGGAGCUUCCCGACGGGAGUGUUGCGCAUUUCUUCACCAAGACAGGUAGCGGACCAACUAGCUUCGAGCAGAUCGAGUCACACUGGGCAUCCGAAUCUAUGAUUCACAAAUUCAUACCCGAAUAUGUUCCGAAACCGAUCGCCUUCGAAAAGUACCGUUCUGAACCUGACACACAUUUCAUACUGAUGGAAUUUGUCGAAAUGGUUGAUGAUCUCGCACCUCCAGAGAUGUACAUGGCACCGCUGGUGGAGCUGUAUGCCCGGAGUUUAGGGAAAUCACCCACAGGGAAAUUCGGGUUUCCUGUGAAUACCACGUUUGGCUUUCUGCCACAGACAAACGACUGGGAAGCUUCUUGGGAGGUCUGGUGGACAAAGCACAUGAAGUUCAUUCUCGAACGCGACGAGACCAUCCGGGGCGAGUUCACUGCCGAGGAGAGAGUGGUUGUGGAGGACUUUCUCAACAAGGUCUUGCCCAGAUAUCUAAGGCCACUGGAAUCAGAAGGAAGGUCUAUCCAGCCGUGUCUCUGCCACACAAACAUGUGGCCGGGUAACGUCAAGUCCCGACUGGAUAACGAUGCCCUGAUCACAUUCGAUGCGAACGCUGUCUGGGGACAUAAUGAAUUUGAAUUGGGUGUGCACAACAACCCAAGAUACCCUCUGGGGAAGCGUUACACGGAUGAAUAUUUUAAGCACGUGCCAAUUUCCGAUCCGGUGGAGGACGUUGAACAGCGGGGCUUGAUUUAUCUGAUUCGAAAUCAAGUUUGUCUGGCGAGUCUAUAUCCGGAUGAACAGAAUUUACGAGAUACGUACAUCCAAAGCAUGAGACUACUUGUGCAGUCGGCUGGAAUAUCAAACGGGACCGGCGAGUUAUGCGGUGAAGAAAUCAUAAGUGGUUUCGAACCUGUUCCGCAUCAAUUACAUCUGAAGACAUCCAUAGAUACAUGAUGCCCUCGUACAGUGGCAAAGGCUCAAGACACAGCGUUUAAAAUACAUACUAGUAGUUUCGAUGAGUGAUAAAAAUUAGGAUAGGUGGAAGAAAGCCAUAGAUACACAUUAUUAAGCGUCUUUCUUCGUA